GGAAAAGGAAAUGAAGAUAUCAGCAGCAGUGGUAGCAGCUGCGUUUUCUCUAGCAUUUAGUUUCAUCCUUGUGAAUUUCACAGGCCAAUGCGACGCUGCUCUUCAACAAGGAUUUUACAAGGGUAAAUGUAAUUCACAAGAUGUUGAGGCCAUUGUUGCUUCAGUAGUUAAACGAAGAUUCAACGACAAACCAAGAGUCGCAGCUGGUCUCAUUCGUUUGUUUUUCCAUGAUUGCUUUGUCAACGGAUGUGAUGCAUCGAUUCUGCUAGACGGCGACUCCAGUGAGAAAACUGCGCCCCCGAAUCUAAGUGUCAGUGGUUAUGAUGUAAUUGAUGAAGCGAAGGGAUUACUUGAAGAAGCCUGUGCAGGAGUUGUUUCUUGUGCUGAUAUCAUCGCCAUUGCUGCUAGAGAUGCUGUACAAUUGAGUGGAGGAGGGCGAUACGAGGUUCAAACUGGAAGAAGAGAUGGCUCCGUGUCUUUGGCUUCGAAUGUAGAUCUCCCUUCUCCAAGAUUUUCAGUUUCUCAAUCUGCUGAUGCAUUUGCCAAAAAAGGGAUUGGUCUUACAGAUAUGGUUUUACUUCUUGGUGGUCACACAAUUGGGUUUACAAAUUGUUCUUUGUUUCGAGACCGUCUUUACAAUUUCGACAACACAGGGAAACCAGACCCGACUAUGGAUCCAUUAUUAGUUGUGAAACUAAGAUUAAUCUGUCCGCGAAACUCACCAGCCGACAGAACCCCUGUAAGUCUUGACCAGAAUCUUGCGAGUACAUUCAUUGUGGACAACUCCUUCUACAAGCAAAUAAGGCUAGGGAGAGGGAUUCUUCAGAUUGAUCAAGCGUUAGCCUUGGAUCCAUUGACCAAUAACACAGUCGCCAGUUUAGCCAACGGCAAUGACUUCCUUGCCAGGUUCGGGCAGGCAAUGGUUAAGUUGGGAGCUGUUGAUGUUCUUACAGAUUCACAAGGGGAGAUUAGGGAAUCAUGCCAUUUAAAAAACAAACCCCGCUCUACCUUCCUUUUUGGUUGAUUUGUCUUUGAUUUUUUGUUUCUUUUCUUUAUAUAUGUUCUUUAUUUAUUAUUCUUGGUUGAAUGUUGUUUUUAUGUUCUUGGUCCUUGUUGUGUUCAACGGUACUAUUUUAUUUUAAUCAAAUAACAUGAUCGAGUUCCA